GUUAGGCACGGGUUCAAGCUUUGUUUUAAAGUGUGUUUUCAAGCACAUUCUUGAAGCAUGUAACUAAGCUAACACCAGCUUUUGCUGUUGUAACUCUUACAAUAAAGACCUCAGUAUUUUACUUGCUGUGUCUACCCUGAUAAAAGUUCCCCACAGUAAAAGCACAACACAGUGUAACACCGCACAGCAAAGCAUAGUGAGAGGUAUGGUAAAGAUGUUUGUCUGCCAGUCUGCCAGCCUAUCUGUCUAUAUUUGUCUGUCUGCCGGCCAGUCUGCCUGCCUGUCUGUCUGUCUGCCUGCCUGUCUGUCUGUCUGUCUGUCUGUCUGUCUGUCUGUCUGUCUGUAAUGCUUUGCUUCGAUGUGCUGGUAUGGUAAAGCACAUUAAAAAAACAUGUUAAAUACACAGCAUAACCAUUGGAAAAGGGAGGGGAAAACUGUCAAAUCACUGUGGAAAUGUACGUGGUAACCCUAACCCUGUCUCCCUCUCUCUCCCUCUCUCUCUGUCACACAGCCCCCUCCCCAGUAUAUCCUCCACAGUGUUUCUCCAGGAUGUCGAGCGGAGGUCCUGGUCCUGGUUCUGUCCCUGGGCCCGGCUCAUCUCGCGCCCCUCGCGGCCCGGCUCCCCCCGGCUCGGAGCAGGUGGGUUUCCUGGAGGAGUGGAAAGCGAAGCGGGAACGCCUGAAACUGCGAUCCAGCGGGAACGGAACAGGACUGCUGUGCCCCAGCCAGCCUGCAGGGGGCGACGGCGCCAUGGCAGCUCCCAGUAAGAACCCAGCAGCCAGGCCAGCGACACAGACACGCCAGCCUCCCCCAAGCAUCGCUCCCAGAGCAGGCACAGCCACGCCCCCCGCGAGAGAGGAGUCGGCCAAGGAGGAGCGGGUUCACAAAGAGGGGGCGGGGUCGGCUAGCCCCUCCCCUCGCGGGAAGGAACAGAAGGGCGGGGCCUCCGCCCAUCGCAAGAACAAGACGCAGGUGGAGAAGAGGAAGUUGAGGGAGAAGAGAAGAUCCACUGGGGUGGUGAACCUGCCCCUAGGCACUGAGAGUCCUGAUGAAGGAGAGGGGGGCGCUGCCAUCGAGAAGCAGGGACACCCAGACCUCCCAAAAUCGAACCCUGCGGUGAGUGACUGCAACCACUGCACUGCCGCUAGAGAUGCGCCCCGAGUGGCACUCACACGGCAGAAGAGCCGGACGGGAGCCCAGGACCACACCCCUCUGAGCCGCAAGCAGAGCGGCGGACUGGGCAAGCCGGCCCCCGAGAGAGAGACCCCCCCACUGGAGAGGAGGCUGCAUGAGCUGGAGAAGGUGGUGAGUGGAGAGAAGCAGGCAAAUCAGAAGCUGAGCCGACAGCUGCAGGAGAAGGAGGGUCUGAUCCUGAAACUGCAGGCUGAGAUCGGACACAUGAGCGAGGACCUCGACGGGCUUGAGCAGGAGAACCACACGCUGCGGGAUGAGAACCAGACGCUGCUCAGAGUGGUCGGUCAGCUGACCAGCAGCUAGCCUCGCCCCCUCCCCCUCCCCCAGGCCAGGGCUGUGCUGACCGCUGCACUGACGCUUGCUGGACUGGACUGAGGGAGGGGGCCCCUGGAGGCCCCUGGCAGUGAUGAACCAAGACAGUCAUGUGACACGCUCGCCACAGCGCAGCCACAGGAAGCGUGUCCCGGACUGGGCCGGACUGCGUGACUCGACACGGACUUCACAGGAGAUCCAAGCAAGGCUUUCUAAUCCAGUCUCUUAACUCCCUUUAAAGGAGUGCUGCCAGUGUCUCGCCUGCAGUGUGUUUAUUUGGGCAGUGCUGUAUCUGUGCUCCACUGUGAUGGAGUCGACACUGAGAGAGCUGGCUUUCAUCACACAAGAACUGUUCAAAUACAAGACAAAAAAAAAAGAGAGCAGUGGAGUAGCUGGGCCAUCACCGUUCUGCUAAGCAAGGCUUUGCAACCCAUGUGUGUGUUAUCUAGAGCAGGGAUCUCCAACCCUGGUCCUGGAGGGACUGUGUCCCUUUUGGUCUUUGUUCCAACUGUGCCCUCAAUUAAUUCAUUGGACCAAUUAAGUAAUUUAGGGUACAGUUGGAAUAAAAGCCAGGAGGGACACUGAUCUAGACCAGUGUUUCUCAACCCUGGUCCUGGGGACCCCCUGUGUCUGCUGGCUUUCAUUCCAACUGAGCUCUCAAUUACUCAGCUAGACCCCUUAAUUGAGCUGAACAUUUGCUUAAUUAGACCUUUUGUAAUUGUUUUCAGCUCUUAAGAGUUGCAGAGUUCAAGUUCGCUACAACAUUGUAGAAGUAACUUGAACUCUUCAAAUGAUCAGUUCAAUGAAGGGGUCUAGCUGAGUAAUUGAGAGCUCAGUCGGAAACCACUGAUCUAGACUAUAUUAGCACUAGCAGUAGCAUCACAGACUCCCACCCUCCAUCUUCAUUAACUGAAUUUCACUCCCAAUUUUAAUAUUUUCUAAAUUGUUUCCUCUCUUCAGUGGUUAAUUAUUAUUAUUAUUAUUAUUAUUAUUAUUAUUAUUAUUAUUAUUAUUAGUAUUAUUAUUAUUAUUAUUAGUAGUAGUGGUA